CUCCAUACAACAUGUUGGCAAGACCUUUAACAGCUGGUCUACGUGCCGGCAUUCCAUCAAUCGCCUCAGCAACAUUGAAACAAUCCUCUACACGUACAUUUGCAACCAGUCGUUCUCUUUUAGCACAAACACUUUUGGUCUUGGAACACAAGAAAGGAACAAUCGCCGCUGGUUCUCUUGUCGCUGCUACAGCCGCAAGUAAGAUUGGAGGUGACGUUGAUGCUUUGAUCGUUGGGAAUUCCGAUCUAGAUCCCGCAGUUGAGGCUGCAACCAAGAUUUCAGGUCUGAAGAAAGUUCAUGUCGCAAAAGAUGCAAAGUAUGAUCACCUGUUCGCCGAACCUUUGGCACCUUUGAUCAAAAGCGUCGUUGAAAAGGGAAAUUACACUCACGUCUUUGCCGGCCAUUCAGCUAUCGGACGUGAUGUUAUGGCAAGAGCAAGUGCUUUGUUGGACGUGAGCCAAAUCAGUGAUAUCAUCGCAGUCGAAUCAGAAGAUACAUUCCAACGUCCAAUUUAUGCCGGAAAUGCAUUGUUGACAGUCAAAUCAAACGACAAAGUCAAAGUGAUUACCGUUCGUGGUACCGCAUUCGAAAAAGCAGCAACAGAUGGCGGAAAUGGUGAAAAGGCAGAAGUUGCAGCUGUGGACGGAUCGGCACCAACAUCAUUCAUUGAAGAAAAGAUCAAUCAAUCUUCUCGACCUGAUCUUGCAACCGCUCCUCGUGUCGUUUCCGGUGGUCGUGCUUUGAAAUCAGGUGAAAACUUUGUUACAUACAUUGAACCUUUGGCAGACGCCCUAAAGGCUGCCGUUGGUGCUUCUCGUGCCGCUGUUGAUGCAGGAUAUGCAGACAAUGCCUUGCAAGUUGGACAAACGGGUAAAAUUAUUGCACCUGAAUUGUACGUUGCCGUCGGUAUCUCAGGAGCAAUUCAACAUUUAGCGGGAAUGAAGGAUAGUAAGACAAUCGUUGCCAUUAACAAAGAUGCUGAUGCUCCAAUCUUCCAAAUUGCCGAUCUCGGUUUGGUGGCUGAUUUGUACGAUGCCGUGCCCGAAUUGACCGAAAAAGUUAAGUAAAACAAUCAUGUAAUUCAUUCCUAGCAAUACAUUAUAUAGUACAUAAUCAUAUCAUCUCUUCGUCCUUCUCUUCAGCCUGGGAUUCUUGCUGCACCAAAUCCCAGUAUGUCAAAUGUCCCUCAUCAUCCAAAGUUGCGCAUACUUCUUUGCGUUUAUUGAGCGAUAGCUUCUUUGCAUU